GUUCGAGCACAGAGCUCCCACUCAGAGACAUGAACGACAUCAAGCUGGCCCUGCUGGGCAGUGAAGGCGUGGGGAAAUCAGCUGUGCUGGUGAGGUUUCUGACCAGGAGAUUCAUCGGGGAGUACGCCUCCAACGCCAACUCCCUGUAUCAUAAAAGACUCUCCAUUGAUGGCAGGCAGCUCAACCUGGAGGUUUUUGAUCCAUGUUCUCAGAGUACAGAGGCCAGAUGCAUCUUAGAGGAGCCGGUGGACUGGGCGGACGGCUUCAUCGUGGUGUACAACAUCAGUGACCUCACAUCCUUCCUCAACGCCAAACACAUCCUGCGCCAGAUCAAAGAGGCCCGCACAGACACCUGUAAGGGUGAGGCGGAGGUGCCCGUUUACCUGGUGGGGAACAAGCAGGACCUGUGCCACGCCCGGCAGGUGUGCGAGGAGGAGGGCCGCGCCCUGGCCCGGGAGAACAGGUGCCACUUCCAGGAGGUGUCCGCAGCCGAGGACCACCAGGAGAUCUCCGGCCUCUUCACCAGGCUCAUCCGGCAGGUGAUGGAGCACCUGAAGCACCGCACCGACCGCCGGCGCUACAGCGGCUCCAAGUCCAUGGCCAAGCUCAUCAACAACGUCUUCGGCAAGAGGAGGAAGUCCGUCUGAACCAGGCAGAGCUGCAGGGACGGACAGCGCCCCCCGGUGGACGCUGCCGGAAGUGUCCCGUGUGCGGAGAGGCAGUGUUUGUGACACUGCACAUGUGACAGGGACACUUCAGCCAAGGGAGGACAGAAACAG